AUGACAAGAGCUCCCUUUCAGUCAACCUCUCCUAGGAAUUUGGAGUUUCUCCCAAAUUUGACAAAAUUAGGUGGAUUAACUGACACAAGUAGUAUUUCACAAAACAAACUUGAAAAACAACUUCGGAAUCUGCGCAAAAAAGCAGAAAAUGGGGAUUAUAAUACUAUAAGUAACCAAACAGAAAACUCCUCAAACUCUGGAGAGCAGGUAAAUGCUAUAUCAACUAGUAACUCAACUUACUUACCAAUUACUAACACACCUAGAGGAAGUUUAAUAUCAACGUUACAAGCAGAGUUAGCUUCUUUAAGAAGAGAGCAUUCGACAUUAGAGAAACAGUAUAAACGAGAGUUCUUAAAGAGAGCUGACUUAGAGAAUCUACAACAGAUUGUGAAGGAUCAAAAAUUACAAAUACGUGAAUUACGAAAUCAACUUUCUGAUGAGAAACGUCGAUUAUUGAAUAAAGAAAAGAUAAGUAAGAGUAAUAGUUCCACUAACUUGAAUACUGUUGAACAAUGGAAGGAAAAAUACAUGAAAAGUGAAAAUGAGAAACUCUUGAAAUGUUCACAAUUAACUGAAAAAGAGAACCAAUGUAUACAACUCUUAAGAAAAGUAGAUAUUUUGCAUGAUCAGCUAAAAGAAUUCAAAUUGUUGAAGGAACAAGUAAAGGAUCAGAAUUUGUUAACUAAGGAAUUACAAAGUAGGGAAAGAUGUCUUAUAGAACAAAAUAAAGUUAAUUUAGAUAAGAGUGUAGAGGUUGAGAUUCAUUUAGAACAAAUGAAUGAAUAUCAGAUGGAACUGAUAAAUUUAAGGAGUCAGGUUGAAGAAUUAACAAAGGAAAAGAAGAUAUCUGAAGAAGAAAGAAUUAAGUAUGUUGAAGAUCAUAAUAUGAAGAAUAAACUACUUGAAGUUGAGAAGCUAAAUGUACAACUUGAAAAAGAUAUCCAAGAUUUACAUUUAGUGGAGCAAAGACUUAAUAAUGAGGUAUCAAGACUUGAAGAUAUUAAUCAGGUAACAACUAGUGACUUUGAGGAAUUAAAGUUUACUAAUAAAUUAGUUCAAGAGGAAUUAGACAAAGUAACAAGUGAACGAAAUGAAUUGUUAAAUUUGAAUUUAAAACUUAAAACAAAUAUCUCAGAAUUAAAUAUUGAAAAUAAUAAAUUAAAAGAGGAAUUAAGUGAGUUAAAUAAAAAGCAAGAGCAAACAAUUUCAGAAAUUUCCAAAGCAAAUGCUUUAUUGAAAGAGUUUGAAGGUAUAGGGCUUGAGAAUAAUCAAUUAAAAGAUAAAUUAAACAUUAAUGAGACUGAAAUAAAAGAGAUGAAGUCUUAUAUUAAUAAUUUGGAAUUGAAAAUAGACAAAUUUAAGAUAGAGAAACAGAUUAUUCAGCAACAAAAAAGUGAAAUUAAUGAACUUAAAAUACUAAAUCGAGCUAAUGAGGUUAGACUCAGUGAGAUGUCAGAUCUUAAGACUAAUCUUGAAUCUGAAAAUAAAAAAAAUCAGGAAAUUAUUGAUGAAAUGAAAAAGAAAUAUGCAACACUUGAGUUAACUAAGAUUAAUAUACACUCAAACUACGAUUCAACUAUUAAGGAGCUGGAAGAAUUGAAAGAAACUAACUUAAUAUAUGGAGUUCACAUUUUUGAGGCAAAUAAAAUUAAUAUACUCUUAACUCAAGAGUUAGAAGAAAGCAAAAAAAUUGGCGAUAGUUUACGAGGUCGUUUGACUCAAGUUGAGGAGGAAUUAAGAAAUAAGACAGAUAUAACUAUAAAUUGUGGAUGUGAGGAAUUGUUAACUAAGAAUCAGAGCUUAAUAGAGGAACUGGAUAGUUUGAAUUCUGAAUUUGAAAAAACAAGAAAUACUACAGUAAAUGAGAAGAUGCAACUUUCUCAGGAAAUUGAUCAUUUAAAUAAUAAACUUAAACAGCUUCAAGACAGGAAGGAGGAAUUAACUUCUGAACUUAAAAAUAAGGAAAUAGAACUUAAUAAGUUGUCGGAAAUUAACAAAACUAUUAGUGAGAAGGAAUAUAACUUGAAUAUGGUAAAAGAAGAGCUUACAACAUGUCUUGCUGAAUUGGGAGAUCGCAAUCAAUUACUAGAAAACACUAGGAAUGAUCUUAACGAACUAAAAGAACUUAAUACUACACUUGAAACUAAGGUUACUACUUUGAUGACUGAGAUAAAUUGCAGGGAUCUAAGAAAUAUAGAGCUAAGGAAUGAGUUGAAAAAGUUACUUUAUGGGAGUGAACAAGCAAAGGAUUUUAUUAAUAGUUGCAUUAGAAAAAGUGAGGAUACUGACCUUCCAUAUAUAAUAGAAACUAUAUCACAAUAUAUAAGAGAUAUGGAAUCUAAAUGUGUAAAUUUAGAUAAGUAUAAUUAUUUGAAAGUUGAAUACUCAAUAGAAUAUCAGAAUGGAAUAGAAAUAAUAGAUAAUUCACAAGAAUGUAAUGUAGAUAGUGUAAUUAGAGAACAUCUAGAGGAAUUUAGAGAUCAAAAUCGGAGAUUUCUAGAAAGAAUAUUUACAUUGGAAAAUUUAAUAACUUAUAUUUCAAAAGAGAAGGAAUCCUUAAAUAUGCGUUUGCAGGAAUUUGAAGGUUAUAACUGCAGCAACUUACUUAGAAAUUGUAACGAUCAUUCAAAUUAUUUAACACCUGUGUCACCAGUGGAUACAGCUAGUUAUACUAGGCCUAAAUGCGAUGUAUUAAAUUAUACUGAUGCAAACAACAAAGUUAAACAUAAAUACGUACAAAAUUUACGUAAUGAAAUAUUAUAUCUUAAAAAUAUGAAUAAAGAAUUAAUUGAUCAACUUUCAAAAAAAGAGAUCUUAUUAUUUUCAUGUACCAGAUAUGAAAAUAAUGUUGAUUUAAAUAGUGAUUACUAUAAAUUACGACUUGAGAGACUAGAAAAUGAGUUGUUAAAUAUAUAUGCAAAUAUGAUGUAUAACAACCAGGGAGAUUAUUGUUUAGAAGGAAAGUCUAAAUGUAAAACUUGUAAAUAUAUUGAGGAUAUGUACCACAAUUAUAUAAAUAAAUAA